GGUGUCUGUACCAUGACAACAGCCUUUCUUCACUUCUUCUUCCUGGCGUCGUUCUGCUGGGUCCUGACGGAGGCUUGGCAGUCCUACAUGGCCGUCACUGGGAAGGUCCGCACCAGGCUCAUCAGGAAGAGGUUCCUCUGUCUGGGAUGGGGAUUACCUGCCUUAGUGGUUGCCAUCUCAAUGGGAUUCACGAAAGCAAAAGGCUAUGGGACACCCCAAUACUGCUGGCUAUCUCUAGAAGGUGGUCUCCUGUAUGCCUUUGUUGGACCAGCAGCAGCAGUGGUUCUGGUCAACAUGGUGAUUGGCAUCCUGGUGUUCAACAAGCUGGUCUCCAGAGACGGGAUUCUGGAGAAGAAGCCGAAGCAUCGAGCUGGACCGAUGAACGAGCCCCAUACAGGGUUAACUCUGAAAUGUGCCAAAUGUGGUGUGGUGUCCACAACUGCUCUCUCUGCAACUACAGCCAGCAAUGCCAUGGCCUCUCUGUGGAGUUCCUGUGUGGUUCUGCCUCUGCUGGCUCUGACCUGGAUGUCUGCAGUGCUGGCCAUGACAGACAAGCGCUCCAUCCUAUUUCAGAUCCUCUUCUCUGUCUUCGACUCGUUGCAGGGCUUCGUCAUCGUCAUGGUGCACUGUAUCCUGAGGAAAGAGGUCCAAGAUGCUUUCAGAUGUCGUCUCAGAAACUGUCAGGACCCCAGAAACUGUCAAGACCCCCUCAAUGCUGACAACACUGGAACUUUCCCCAACGGUCAUGCUCAGAUUAUGUAUGUUUCCAGCAACUGUGGUGGAUGCGUAACCAGGCCAGUGCAGUACGGCUCGGCAGGGAUCGCCUUGGCUCAGCUCAGUGUGAAAAGGACGGACUUUGAGAAAGACGUGGACAUCGCCUGUCGAUCAGCUCUCCACAAAGACAUGGGCUCUUGCCGCGCGGCCACCAUCACCGGCACCCUAUCCCGCAUCUCUCUGAACGACGAGGAGGAUGAGAAGGGGCACGAGGGGCUCAACUACUCCACCUUACCCGGCAACAUCAUGUCCAAGGUGAUGAUCCAGCAGCCCGGCAUGCACAUGGGCCCCAUGGGCGACAUGGGAGAGGGCUGCUUGGGCGACAGCGUGUCCGACAUGCGCCGCACCGUCUACCUAUGCACCGAUGAUGCUCUUCGUCAGUCCGACCAGGAUAUGGGCGGGCACGGGCACGGCGGGAUGGGCAGUGGCCACGACAUGGGCAAUAUGGGCGGUAUGGGCAGCGUGGGCGGGCAUUCACCCCAAGGCCAGAUGAUGGAGACGGACUACAUCGUGAUGCCACGGGCUUCGGCGGCGGCCGGAUCUGGGAACUGUAACACACUUCCCACUCUCCUGAAGGACGAUAGCUCCACCAAGAUGAACGUGGGCAUGGGCAUGGGCGAUACGCUGCCCCACGAGAGAAUGAUGCAACACUACAAGAUGGCACCGGACUUCAACAUGAGCCCGACGGGGAUGGGCGUGAUGGGGGGCAUGGAGCACAUGAACAUGGAUCAGAACCUGCAGCAGCAGUACGGGUCAGGAGGAGGACAGGAACACAUGCAGCAGAACCUUCCCUUUGAACCCCGCACUGCCGUCAAGAACUUCCUGGCUGAGAUGGAAGAGACUGGAGGGCUGUCGAGGAGCGAGACGGGAUCCACCAUAUCCAUGAGCUCUUUAGAGAGAAGAAAAUCGCGCUACCAAGACCUGGACUUUGAAAAAGUCAUGCACACCAGGAAAAGACACAUGGAGCUGUUCCAAGAACUGAAUCAGAAAUUUCAAACCCUGGAUCGAUUUCAAGACAUACCAAAUAUGGGCAGCAUGGACAAGGCCAUGCCCAACAAGAACCCCUGGGAGAGCUACAACCCAGCCUGUGAGUACCAGAACUACAGCAGUAUGAAUGUACUAGACCCUGACACCAAGGACUCUCUGGAGAUGACCGCAGCGGAGUGGGAGAAGUGUGUCAAUCUCCCCUUAGACGUCCAGGAAGGAGACUUCCAGACAGAGGUCUGAUCUGAUCUGAUCUAAACAAACCACGAAAUAGGCCCCGAUGGAGCACACUACUUUUGACCAGGUCCUAUAGGCUUCUUUUUGACCAGUACCCAUAGGGCUCUUUUGAACAGGACUCAUAAGGCUCUGGUCAAAAGUAGUGCACUAUAUUAGGGAAUAGGGUGACAUUUUGGGUGCACUCCAGGAAGGAGACUUCCAGGAAGUAGAAACCAGGAAGAGGACAACCAGGAGAAGAACGAUAACCAGGACAUGGAGGAAAGGGGAAAGGAUGUAUUUUGCACUGAAAAAAUGGACAGACUGUCCUAACAGCCUUGGCCUACUACAUAUCUGGAUUAUAAAGGAGUAUGACAAGGACAUGAUGUGCCAAUACGAUUUACGAGGAAACGACAGCGGACAGGAGGAAAAAAUAAAACAAAAAAUACAACAAAAAACAUCAGUGUUACUUUUUGUAUUCUCACUAGUGUACUUAGUGCAGCAGGCCAGCCAGGUGGGUGUACAAUAUUUACCAUCAUGUGUUUCAGAGUACCCGUGGUAAGAAGAAUUGGUUCAAAAAGGUGAAAAUCUUUCUAGAUGAAUAAACCUCAAAAAGCUAAAUGAAGACAUAAUACCAUGUCGAUCCCAGCUUCGUUGGGUCCAGUUUUAUAUUUCUCAAAACUGGACCCUGGAAGCACAAUGUAUAUAUUUAUGCAGGUUUUUAAAAAGUUUAUAACAAGUCUGUUUGGCCAUUACUACACUUUUUACUUUAUAAUAUAAAACAUAUAUGAGCGAGAGUGGCAGGCAAAGAGGAUUUUUCUGUCAUAUAAAAAUGAAUGUUUGUCAAAGCUACAUUCUUCAUUGCUUUAAAUGCAAUAAAGGUAAUACUCACUUUUAUAUGAAUAAUAUAUUUCACAAACUUUAAUACUGCAGAAUCUUGCUUGAAGACUCUCGGCAAAAACUCUCAUCUGCAGCCCUGUAUAAAAUAUUUAAAAAACGAAAAAUGUUGUAUGGUGUAAAUAAACUUUUGUCUACAUAUGUUUUACUUGUGCCAAUUUAUUUUAAUGAGAAAAAAAUGCCAACUUGAUCAAGCGUUAUAGCGUUAUAAAAUGUUAACAUUUGAACAAGGAAUGUAAAUAAAAGAGGAAAUAUGUUCGUACUG